UUGCUUGCUGAUUUAUUUAAACUGGGGAGAGGGAACUAGCUGUAGUUUUUAACAUGAGUGUUACCUAAUUCGUGUUGGUUUGCUACUGUGCUGGUAAGGCUCCCUUUUACUUAAGGAAAAGAGGUUGGUUCCCCACCCCAUCUUCAUAAUGAACACAAGACUUCUCCUUGCUGCAGCUGGAGGAAGAUGGGAUAUAAUGCUUCCAAGGAGUAAGAACUGCCACAGUGGCUCACAUCUGCAGGACACCAGCCAAGAGCUGCACUGUGUUCAGCUCUGGCUCCACUGAUCCAGCACAAUGAUCUGGAUACUUCAAGUCUUGUUCUCACCGCUCCCAACACCAGCAUUGAUUAGUCUGAUUGUAUUUGGAGCUGGCAUCUUCCUGUGGGUGAUAAGCAGGCCAAAACCUGUUUUGCCUCCUGUUGACUUGAACAAGCAGUCAAUAGGAAUUGAGGGAGGAGCCAGAAGAGGUGCACUCUUGACAGAUAAUAACCUGCUUUCUUACUACUUUGAAGAUGGUAAAACCUUGUAUGAAGUUUUCCAGAGAGGACUGCAUGCUUCUGGAAAUGGCAGCUGUUUAGGCUACAGAAAACCCAACCAACCUUAUCAGUGGCUGACAUAUAAACAGGUUUUGGACAGAGCUCAAUACCUGGGAUCAGGGCUUCUGCAGAAAGGAUGCAAACAAUCAUCAAACCAGUUUAUUGGCAUUUUUGCUCAGAAUAGGCCAGAGUGGAUCAUUUCAGAGUACGCCUGCUACACUUACUCAAUGGUUGCUGUUCCACUCUAUGACACUCUGGGGCCAGAGGCCAUUAUAUAUAUUGUUAACAAAGCUGACAUAAGCAUAGUGAUCUGUGAUAAGCCCGAGAAGGCACAGAUCUUGCUUGAGAACUGUGAGAAAGAAAAGACCCCAUGUCUGAAGACUAUCAUUCUCAUGGAUCUUUUUGAUAAAGAGCUCAAGGACAGAGGAGCUAAAGUGGGAGUUGAAAUUCUAGCACUGCAGGAGGUUGAGGAGCUGGGAAGAAACAACAUCAGAGAACCAGUUCCUCCUAAGCCAGAAGAUCUUUGCAUUGUGUGUUUUACCAGUGGAACCACAGGUAACCCUAAAGGAGCCAUGCUGACACAUCAAAAUGUUGUUGCAAAUGCUGCUGCCUUCCUUAGAAGCACAGAGAACACAGUUGAAUGUACAAGUUCAGAUAUCACCAUGUCCUAUCUUCCCUUGGCUCACAUGUUUGAGAGAGUUGUACAGACUGUGGUCUACAGCUGUGGAGCAAAAGUAGGCUUCUUCCAAGGAGACAUCAAGCUGCUAACAGAUGACAUGAAAACCUUGAAGCCAACGCUAUUUCCAGUUGUACCAAGACUGCUCAAUAGAAUAUAUGACAAGAUACAAAGUGGUGCAAAGAGCCCAGUGAAACGUUGCCUGUUAAACUUUGCUGUGAUUAUGAAGACGUCUGAAAUAAAACAGGGCAUAAUUCGAAAUGACAGCAUUUGGGAUCAGCUAAUCUUCAAAAAAGUUCAGGAAACCAUGGGUGGAAGAGUGCGUAUAAUGGUGACAGGUGCAGCCCCUAUAUCUCCUUCUGUACUGACAUUUCUUAGAGCAGCAUUAGGCUGUCAGAUCUUUGAAGCUUAUGGCCAGACUGAAUGCUCAGCUGGAUGCACUUUCUCAAUGCCUGGAGACUGGACAACAGGCCAUGUUGGAGCCCCUCUGGCUUGUAAUAUCAUAAAACUAGAUGAUGUGGAAGAAAUGAACUACUUCUCUUCUAACAAUGAAGGCGAGGUCUGCAUUAAAGGACCAAAUGUGUUCAAGGGUUAUCUGAAAGACCCUGAGAAGACAGCAGAAGCAAUUGAUAAAGAUGGCUGGCUCCACACUGGAGACAUAGGGAAAUGGUUGCCAAAUGGAACACUGAAGAUCAUUGAUAGGAAGAAGAAUAUAUUUAAACUUGCACAAGGAGAAUAUAUUGCUCCAGAGAAGAUAGAAAAUGUCUAUAUCAGAAGUGCUCCUGUAGCCCAGGUCUUUGUGCAUGGGGAAAGCCUGAGGUCUUUUCUAAUAGGUAUAGUGGUUCCUGAUCCUGAGACACUUCCAGAAUUUGCAGCAAAACUGGGAGUGAAAGGUUCCUAUGAAGACAUCUGCAAAAAUCCAGCAGUGAAGAAAGCUAUUUUAGAAGAUAUGGUCAGACUGGGGAAAGAGGCUGGCCUUAAAUCCUUUGAACAAGUUAAAGACCUGUACAUUCACACAGAGAUGUUCUCUGUAGAAAAUGGACUCUUGACACCAACGCUGAAGGCAAAGCGAGCAGAGCUUGUUAAACUCUUCCAGAAGCAGAUUGAGGCCCUCUAUUCAAGUGUGCAGGAAUAAGCGACCAGUUUAAUUUAAACUGCAGGGCAUAUCCAAACAAAUCUGUGACACUACAUGACCUAUGAAGAACACAGGCAUGAGUGGAGGGGAGCAAGGAGAACUUAAAUAUAUUGUUUCUGGUAUCCUGGGAAAAAAUGACUUUCACGUGAAGAUGGCUGUAGUAUAACUGACAACUGGCAGUGUUCACAUCUUGCAGGACUAAGCAUCAGCUGUCUAGGCAAAGCCAGAACUUUCAUCUUCCUUGGACUCUGACUGAAGUGCAAAAACACUCAAGAGCCUCAGCCUUUACAAGGCAGCUGUAUGCACUUCUCACUGUCAAAAGUAAAUCUUGUUUUCCUGCUCCAACUAUGAACUCUAUUGUGACCUUUUGUGGAUUGAUCUGCAAUCAGACUGCACUCUUUCAUGCACUUACACGGUCUUUUUGGGGGGAGGGGAGGAGAUAGUUAAAAAACCAAGUGCAGGAAAAUAACACUUCAGUUUCUACUCAGGAUGCUAUAACCUGUCUCACCUCAAGCUGUCAUAAUAUGAAUUGGAGCUUAACAUCUGUUCAGCAAAUAGAGAAGUGAAUUUCCUGUUCCUAGUCAUAGACCACACAGUAUAGGUUGUUUUUAAUGAAAAUGAGUAGUCUGGCAUCAACUGUUUCAUAAGGUAUGUGUGUCUAAAUUAUGUAUGCUUUAUACUCUAGUAGGGGAGGCACUGGAUCAGUUUUUGCACAUGUUCUCAAAUGCAAUGGCAGUUAUAAAGCCUCUACACUUACGACUUUGAGCCAGAUAAGUGGAAAACUUUAGCUGUCAUUCCUAAGGAUAUAGGAUGCAAUAAAUUGUAACUGCACAAUCAAA